CUUAUUCCCUCCCUGGUUAUCUCUCUCCUUGACUAUUGUAACUCCCUCCUCAUUGGCCGCCCUCAUCGCAGGCUAUCCCCUCUUCAAUUUAUCCACCUUACUAACCAUUCUGUAUCAGCCACCCCUCUCUGCCAAUCCCUCCACUGGCCUCCAGUGUACUCCACCCCUCUCUGCCAAUCCCUCCACUGGCCUCCAUUCAGUGUCCUCCACCCCUCUCUGCCAAUCCCUCCACUGGCCUCACUCAGUGUCCUCAAUCCCUCCACUGGCCUUCACUCAGUGUCUUCUAUCCCUAUUUGCCAAUCCCUCCACUGGCCUCCAUUCAGAGUCCUCCACCCCUCUGCCAAUCCCUCCACUGGCCUCCACUCAGUGUCCUCCACCCUCUCUGCCAAUCCCUCCACUGGCCUCCAUUCAGAGUCCACCCCUCUCUGCCAAUCCCUCCACUGGCCUCCACUCAGUGUCCUCACCCCUCUCUGCCAUCCCUCCACUGGCCUCCACUCAGUGUCCUCCACCCCUCUCUGCCAAUCCCUCCACUGGCCUCCAGUGUCUUCUAUCCCUAUUUGCCAAUCCCUCCACUGGCCUCCAUUCAGAGUCCUCCACCCCUCUCUGCCAAUCCCUCCACUGGCCUCCAUUCAGAGUCUCCAUCCCUCUCUGCCAAUCCCUCCACUGGCCUCCACUCAGUGUCUUCCAUCCCUCCUUGCCAAUCCCUCCACUGGCUUC